AAUCUUCUUGGUUUGAACCAAUCAUCUAUGGAUAGCCUAAGCUCAGCUGGUUUGCCUCAUUGUAGUCGAAUUUACCUAGUACACACUCUCGGACCGUGACUGCGAAUUUUUAUUGUCAUUCAUAAAGUCUAAAACCUUUGGAGACAUAGUGAUUCAUGGUUUUAGGUUCAAAUCUCACUCAACAAAGAAAGAAAAGCUUUGGUGGUUGGGUUCUCCACCCCCUUCAAAUCCAUUCAACCCAUCCACACUUCAUCUCAUACAAAUCAGAGAGUCUGUCAUCUCAGCUUUUGCAGAUUUCUGGGAAUUCAAUCUAUCUGCAGCUUAAUUAGUAACAUUGGAGACUGAUCUGAAGAAUGCAUUAUCUUCAAAAACUGUUGGUUUUUGACACUGCAGCUGGAUUCUUCACUCUACUUCUUCUCCCAUCUUUCACUUCCUGCUUAUCAUCACAAGAAUUUCAAGAAAACAGCCAAUUAAUCAGCAUCAAACAACAUGUAAACAAGGUGGAUUCUGAGAAGACAUUUGAUAUUGAAGUUCAUGGGAUUAUGUUGUGGGCUUCAAUGGGGUUCUUGAUGCCUGCUGGAAUACUUACUAUUAGACUAUCUAGGAUGGAGGAAUGUAACCAAACAAGACUCAAACUCCUCUUCUAUAUUCAUGCCAUUCUACAGGUGGUUUCAGUGCUAGUAGCUACUGCUGGAGCAGUAUUAUCCAUCAAAAGCUUUGACAACACAUUCAACAACAAUCACCAAAGAAUAGGUUUAGCACUUUAUGUAGCCAUUUAUGUGCAACUCGUCAUGGGAUUUCGUCGCCCUAAGAGGGGAGUAAAGGGGAGAAGUGUUUGGUACUUCUUCCAUUGGUUAUUUGGAACAACAUUAUGUUUGGCAGGAAUUAUCAACACCUACACAGGCUUGAAAGCCUACCAUGAGAAGACAUCAAAGAGUAUAAGCCUUUGGACCAUAAUUUUCACAGCACAAUUAUCUUUCAUGGGGUUUUUCUAUCUUUUCCAAGACAAAUGGGAGUACAUUCAAAAGCAAGGUAGUGGUGUGGUGGUUGGCAAUGGAGCCAACACCACUGCAAGUGUUGCCACACCAACUCAACUCAUUGUUGUUCCUCAUAGUGACAGUAGAGGAAAGGAACUUGUCCUGGUUGAGCCAUGUAGGAAGAGCAAUGCACUUGGGACUUACUUUUCUAGAAGCACAGCUCUCAAGAAAUUGUUUCAGCAAACAUGAUCAGGUCACCUUGUUGUGUUUACUGGUAUCCGCAUUUCACAGGACAAAACUAAUUUAGUUGAGUUUUGGUUCAGUCGUAUUCAUGGCAAACAUGAUCAUGAGUUGUUGUGUUUACUGGUUAUCUGCAUUUCACAGAACAAGACUAAUUCAGUCUAGUCUUGAUUAAGUCGUAUUCGUGGCAAAUAUGAUCAAGAAAUGGUUUCAUCAGCAAACAUGAUCAUGAGUUGUUGUGUUUACUGGUAUCCGCAUUUUACGGGACGAGACUAAUUUAGUUAAGCCCUAUUCAGGUCAAGGUGUUGUUAUCAUUUUUAUGUUACACUGAUCUGCAACCUUUGAUCUUUGUGCUCUGUGAUGUGUUUUGGUGGGUUUUUUGAAGGCCAGCAUUGAAGUGCAUGCAUCAAAUGUGGAAUGGAUCAUGGUUGGAUUAUGGAUAUAUCUUAAUCCAAUUUGGGGUUUUUUUUUUUUUUAUUAAAUUUGAUGAAUUAUAUUAACAAAGUGUUGAUAUUGGGACUUUAUAAAAUAAGCAUGUGUCAUUUGAGGCAUGCACUUCAAUGUUGGCCUAUGACAUAGAUAGGACAUAUAGGUGGUGUUUGUAUUAUUGUACAUAGGUGUUUGCAAAUGCUUUUGAUUGUAAUAAUAGAACAAGAAAUAAUAUAAUUUGCAUAUUUGUUUCUUUACG